CAGACAGGCUUGAGCUUCCCGGGCGAGACGAUCCGAAGGUCAAUGUGCUACGUCUGGUGUACAACUGGCUCUCAAGUGAAGCCAACGGACAUUGGCUUAUAAUAUUGGACAAUGUCGAUGAUGGAAGCGUGUUUUUUGGAGAAAAUGAUGCUGUAAGGGGCGUCUCAUCGCACGACCAAGCAGCUGACUUACAGCCACCACUAGAGACAUUUCUUCCUCAGACGCCAAACGGAUCAAUUCUUAUCACAUCACGUAACUCGACCGCGGCCAUUAACCUCGUUGACACGUUUGGGAAGCUUAUUCUAGUAGAGCCCAUGGGAGAGGUAGACUCGGUAGAAUUGUUUAAGACGAAGAUCCUGGGGGACAAGUCUUCGGAAUCAGAUUUGAAGGAGCUGGCCCAGGCGCUUGAAGGUAUUCCACUGGCAAUUACGCACGCUGCAGCAUAUAUACGGUCAAGGCCGCGGGUCACCGUGUCUACAUAUCUCCGUCUCUUCCGGGAGAGUGAGGUUAACCAGGCUAGUCUCCUGACUAACAACGAAAUGAAAGACCUCCGGCGCGAUCAUAGCAUCAGGCAUGCGGUGAUUACGACGUGGCAGAUCUCGUUCGAUCAGAUCCAACGGACGAAGACCGAGGCUGCAGACCUGCUUGCACUCAUGAGCAUGUUCGAUAGACAGGGUAUUCCAGAGCGGCUACUGCUCAACAACAUGGACCAGCUGCAAUUUGAGGAUACUAUAGCGCUACUAAUCAGUUUCUCGCUCGUCCGGGAGCAAGUCGGAGGCAGUACGUUCGAGAUGCACCGACUGGUGCAACUGUCGACUAGGAAGUGGAUAGAGCGGAACAGACAGCUAGAGAGGUGGCGGAGUGAGGCGAUUAAGGUUAUAACAAGGUUGUUUCCGAGCGGACAAUACCAGACGUGGUCAGACUGUCAGAUUCUACUUCCUCACGCGAGAGAGAUUAUAUCGUUCAAAGUGACUAAUCUGCAAGAUCUGCUAGGUCUUGCAUCGGUCAAUACUAAACUGGGAUGGUUUUAUAUAUUAAAGGGGAAUCUUAUCAUGGCAGAGCCUAUACUUCAAGAAGCGAUAGUGGUAAGGGAGAAGGAGCUCGGGGUCAACCACCCAGACACGCUCACUAGCGUCAGCAUCCUUGCAUCGGUGCUACAGAGCCAGGGAAGAUAUGAAGAGGCAGAGUCGAUGAACCGACGAGCA